AUGCCCACCCUCCGCCCGCGCAAGCGCCAUCCCGAAGCGCCCGCAGUUUCCGCGCCUAUUUCAACAACGCCAGAUCUCAAGAAGAAAGUCACGUCGACCACAAAGGCCAAGAAUGAGAAACGGCUUGUCGACGAUAUGAAUUCUUCCGCCACCGACGAAGGAAGGCCGUUCCUAGACGGUGAUAACGACGGCGCGGCAGCCGGGCACAGUACAGGCGUCGAGGCGCCGUUGCCGGAGAGUCGGAGCUGGGCGCAGCGGAAUCAAUGGAUUGUUUAUGCGUUGGCGAGUGGGGCCUGCGCGGCGUUCAAUGGUGUCUUUGCUAAGCUAACGACGACGGAGCUGACGACUACUUUCUCGUUGGGCAUCGCGCGUAUGCUGGGGCUUGAGAGUAUCGAGAGUGCUAUUGAGGUCAUCGUGCGAGGUUCAUUUUUUGGGUUGAAUCUAGUAUUCAACGGUGUAAUGUGGACGCUGUUCACAACCGCCCUCGCCCGGGGCAACUCGACGACCCAGGUCUCUAUCAUGAACACAUCGGCCAACUUUGUCAUCACAGCUGUCUUCGGUUUCAUUAUCUUCUCCGAAAGCCUCUCACCGCUGUGGUGGCUUGGUGCGGCUAUGUUAGUGGCGGGGAACGUGAUUAUCGGGCGGAAGGACGAGGGAUCUCCCAAGGAUGGGGAGGAAGUCGAGGGUGACGGCAGUGUUGCCUUGGGUUCUGGAGAUGAGAGCGAGAUGGGUGCGUUAAGACACCGCAGUGGAGGGCCUUUCGAAAGCGGGGAUGAUGAAGCAUAUAAGGAUGAGGAUGUGGCGGAUUUGAGGAUAUAA